CGGCCUGGUGAGGUGCAGAGAGAGCAGGGACUCUUCAAGUGCUCACCGUUGACGCGCAACAUGUCCAGUAGGAAGCGGAAGGCCCCCGACUCCGGGGAGCAAGGUGAGAGCAAAGCAUCCCUGCGUGCAGCUCCCCGCCGCCGGGCAGAGGGGUGCUGGGGGUCUGCCAGCGGCAGAGAGGGAAGGAAGGGGCAGGAGCAAGGAGCACGGCCCUGGGGACCGCCCUCAGGGACAACUGGCCCCGCAAGGUGCUCACUGCUGCCCGCCUUUGCUCUCUCCUCUCCAGUGUGCAUGCUGUGUCGCCGGGCGGAUGUCGACCCGAACAUCUGCGGGCGCACCUUUGCCGAGAGCGACCUUUGCGUGCAUGAGUUCUGCUUGCUUUUUUCUUUGAAGAAAAACACAUUCUUUGAAGAAAGCGACCCCUGGGAGGAAACGCUGCGCCUCCCCGUUGGGACCAUCAGAUGCAGAAUCAAGCAGGCGGACCAGAAGCAAUGCUUUGUUUGUGGCGAGAGAGGAGCCGCCAUCAGCUGCGCAGAGAGAGGCUGUGCACGCAGCUUCCACCUGCCCUGCGCCGCGGACGGUGAAUGCGUCACCCAGUUCUUUGGGCAGCACAGGUCCUUCUGCUGCGAGCACCGCCCGCGACAGGCAGCGGAGGCAGCUCCACCCCAAGGCACUGACUGCGUCAUCUGCCUGGAGCCCCUGGAGGACAGCACGUCCUACCAGACCCUGUGGUGCCCAGCGUGCAAGCACACCUGGUUCCACCGCCGCUGCGUCCAGGGGCAGGCCACGAACGCCGGCACCAUGUGCUUCCAGUGCCCCAUUUGUCGAGACACGGAGCAAUUCCGGGCAGAAAUGUCCACUCUGGGGAUCCAAGUCCCAGUCAGGAGACCGUCUUGGUGGGAUGACAACACCUACCCAUCACUUCUGCGGAGGCACAGGCGCUGCGAUGUCAGCAAGUGCCUUUACCCAGGAGGCAGGGAGCAGGCAGAGGUGAAUGGGCCCUGGCAGCUGCUGCUCUGCAGCUCCUGUGCUGCAGAAGGGACCCACCGACGAUGCUCCUACCUGAGCAACAGAGUUGGCAGCUGGGAGUGUGACAGCUGUGCUGGCAUAGGCACCGCCUCCAGCAGCAACACGGAGCGCGCCGGACCCAGCACCAACACGGAGCGCGCCGGCCCCAGCACUUCCAGCCAAGGGGCUCCGGAGCCUCCCCGUGGCUCCCAGGGACCGGAGAACAUCAGCUCCGGCUCCAGCAGCCAGGCAGCAUCGGGCCCCUCACACCGGUCCCAGCUGCCUGAGAACAGCCGCCUGCCCAGUGAGCCUGGGACACGGCAGAGGGCAAUCGGCCCACGCCUCCCUGAGGAUCAGGAGGCAUCUCUGCAGCGCCGAGGACGCCGCGGGAGCGGCCGUGCAACAGCCCCGCGCACCAGCAGCAGCUCCCGCAGGUCCACCCCACGGAGGGCACCGCGGCCCUCCAGCGACUCCCCGGUGGCUGCACCCAGAAGGAGCCCCAGGCAGCAGGGGACGGGCCGGGCACGAAGCCGCUCCCCGCUUCAAGAUCGGGCCUCACGUUCCCAGAGCCGGCCCAGAAGAAGCCGUGGCAGCAGACAAACACCACGCCGAGCUGCACAGAGCAGCACCCUCUGCUCAGCCGCCCCAGUGACAUCGAGGCCCUCGAGGGGUUCCCCGCUGCCUGGACACAGAAGACCCUCCAGGCAGCAAGGGAGGGCCCACACAUGAAGCCCUUCCGCAGCGGGAUGUCAGGCUGCGACUUCCCACACAGACCCCAGCACGCCGCAGCAGCCAAACCCAACAGCAGCGGCCAGCCUGGGCACAAAGCUGCUCCCAGGUCCAUCUGCAGAACCACAUCCCCACAGCCAGACCUCAGUCUGCACAGGAGCAGCCGGGUGCCAAUGACACCUGCUCAACUUGGUCAACAUCAGCCAAGACGACAAAUCCCACGCUCAUUUACAUCAGCUUGCUCAACUUGGUCAACAUCAGCCAAGACAAUAAAUCCCACCCCCACCCCCAUCAGCUUCAUUCUUCUCGUCUUUUCCUGGGGUGGGCAGAGUUCAGACCUCGACCACAGGGUUGCCUUCUCCCCAGCAGAAUGGCUCAGGUUGGAGGGGCCCUUAAAUAUCAUCCGGCUCUAACCCCCUUGCCGUGAGCAGGUUCAUGCACCACCAGAUCAGGAUGCCCAGGAUCCCAUCCACCCUGGCCUCAAAGGACUCCAGCAACGGGGUGUCCUGAACCCCUCAGGGAGGAACCUCGCUGUUCCAGUGCCUCGCCACUCCCUGAGGAAACAGUUUCUUUCUAACACCUCAUCUCUCUCUAUCCUCUUUUAGUUUCAUGCCAUUCCCCCUUGUCCUGUCACUAUCAGAAUGCAUGAAAAAGUCAGUCCUCCUCCAGCUUGGCAGGACCCUUAAAAGUACGAGAAGGCUGUGGGCACAGAGGUCUCCUCAGAGCCUUCUGUUCUGAAAGCAAAGUGAACCCCACUCCCUCAACCUGCCUUCUGAGGUGCGGUGCUCCAGGCCUUGUCUCCUCUUUGCGGCCCUCCUCCGGACCCCCCCUCCCACCGCUCCACACCCCUCCUGUGCUUGG